CUCUCACAGUCACACACACGAAGGACACAGACCUUUCUCAUCUUCUUCCUCUAUCUCUAUUUUCUCUCUCUAGAAUUUUCAUUUUCUUUGAGAAUUUUCUUUGAGAAAUUAAGCAAUGGCUACUGAAGUUAGUUCUCUUGUUAGGGUUCUAGGUGGUGGUGGAUACAAAGAUGAGCAACAUCGAACGGUUGGCAAUGAUUCUCAUGGUGAGAAAUCAACGGCUCUGAUUACAAGAGACUUGCUUGGUGGGUCCUCUUCAAUUGAAUCCCAAGAAUUGGAUCUUGAUUUACAGGUUCCUAAUGGCUGGGAAAAACGUCUUGACCUUCAGUCAGGAAAAGUAUAUAUUCAAAGAUGCAACACAUUAACCCAAUCACCAAUUUCUGAACAAAAAAAUCAAGGGAAAUCAACACCACCAAAACUUCAAGACUUGAAUUUUCCAUCAACACAAUCAAAUGUUCCAUUGAACCUUUUUGAUGAAUCAAAUUUAGACCUAAAACUUGUUUCAUCUGCUUUACCAACAAGCAAUUACCAAAGUGUGUGCACUCUUGACAAAGUGAAAUCAGCACUUGAAAGAGCUGAAAAAGAACCAAUAAGAAAAAGAUCAACAUUCUUGAAAUCGUCGAUUUCAGCAACAUCGCCUUCAUAUUCUUCAUCUUCAUCGUCGAUGAGAGAACCAAAUCAUCAAGACGAAGAAAGUGAUCAAGAGAAAAUGAUUUCAUCACCAAUGGCUGCAGGGUGUCCUGGUUGCUUAUCUUAUGUAUUGAUUAUGAAGAAUAAUCCUAAGUGUCCUAGGUGUAACUCUAUUGUACCCAUUCCAACUAUGAAAAAACCUAGGAUUGAUCUUAAUAUUUCAAUUUAAUAAGUGGUUUAAGGAUAAUUGGUAAUUAUUUAUUUACCUACAUUUUUAAUAUAAUUUUUUUUUCUUUACAAUUUUGUAAAUUGAAUGAUAGAUAAAUUUAGUUGGUUUAAGCAUAGGAUAAUUUUGAAGGGGAUAUUGGCCAUGGUUUUAUGUAUAUUGAAAAGUCACGCCGUUUUACUAGAGAAACUAAUGGAAAUUUAUUCAA